AAUGUUAAGUUAAUUACUAUUUCAUAACAUACAGUGAUAUCUAUAAAUAAGUAACAAAGUCUCUACAUUUUAAAACUAACAAGAGUAAGCUUUUGUGAUAAAGAGAGAAGAUGUCUGGUCAACUAGAGCAUGAGUUGGAGCUUCAUGUGCCAGCAAGUGAAGCAUGGGAACUCUUUGGCACACUUGGUAUUGGAAAACUUGUUGUUGAAGAGAUGCCUGAAUUGUUUCAGAAAGUGGAAUUACUGGAAGGAGAUGGAGGAGUUGGAACUGUUCUCAAACUCACAUUCACCCCAGGUAUACCUGGUCCAGCUAGUUACAGUGAGAAGUUCACCAAGAUUGAUAAUGAAAAGCGUAUCAAAGAAGUAGAGGUAGUUGAAGGUGGAUACUUGGAAUUUGGAUUCACACUAUAUAGAGUUCGUUUUGAAGUUAUAGAAAAAGGUGAAGAUUCGAGUAUAAUCAAAUCUACAAUAGAGUAUGAAGUUAAGGAAGCAGCUAAUGCUUCACUUGUUUCUAUUGAGCCAUUGGCAAACAUUGCACAAGUUGCUAAGAAUUAUCUCGGAAGAAACAAGGCUGCAAAAGAAACAAAGUAGUAAUUAUCUGCUUCAAAAUAACACUCAUUGCCUAUAGUUCUUGAAUGAAAUGAUGAAAGCUAUUUUGCUUCCAA